AUGCGGAGCCACACACCGCAGGAGGGCGAGCGCAGCGGCCCUGGCGGCCGUCGCGGCUCCGUGUCGAGCCGGCUGCGCGCCAGCACCUCUGCAUUGCCUCGGCCACAGACCAACCUGCGCGAGUCAAGAAUUUCCUCCUUUCGCGCGACGCAGCCCAGCUAUAACCUCAUUACCGGCGCGGAGUCCAACUCGCGACCCUCGUCGCGCCAAAGCUACGCGGCAGAGUCCGUCCGCCCCGGCUCGCGUGAGAGCUCCAAAGAAAACAUGGCGCCACCCGAUGCCGACGAGUACGAGAAAUACCGCAAGGAGAUCGAAGCACUCAAGGCCGAAAUCGGUACCUUGCAAUAUCGCAUGCAGACUGCCGAGCAGGAGAAGGAGAUCGCCCUCUCCCAGCAGAGCAACAAGCUGGAACAAGCGCGCCGAAGCAAGCAAGAUGAAGCGCAGCAACGACAGGUCGCCGAGGCCGACUGUGCAAAGGCCGCAGAGCAGGCCGAGUCGGCUCGGCGGGACCUGGACGAGCUAAGAGAGACGGCUGAAGCUGAGCAAAGAUCCCUGGAACGCAAGGCGCGGGAAGCACAAGACGAGGCGCGCCUUCUCCAGGAACAGCUUGACGACCUUUCCGCGACGAAAGAAGAAGCCGCCCGAAUAGCCGAGAAGAAAAUGGCAGAUAUGCAGAUGCAAAUCGCGGCCUGCCAUAAUUCGAUACAAGAGCUGGAGCAGGAGGGCCAGACAAAAGGCGAGGCGCUGCAAAAUGCGCAAAACCAGUUGGCCAAUAGGGACGGCCAGAUUGCAGGGCUGGAGGCCGACGUCCUGCGUCUCAAGGCACAGAGCGGUGACGCCGAGACCAUGGAGAUCAUCAAACGAGAGCUAUCGGAGCAGGUGCAGCACAUUCGCGCCCUCGAAUCCACCAACCGCGACCAGCUGUCCGAGCUGAAGCACCUACGGUCUGUCAACAAGGCCGUCGAGAUCGUGGAGGAGGAAAAGCGGACGCUUCAGCGCAGGCUGGAGUCUGCAGAGACACUCGAGACUGAGCUGGCCGAGGCGCGGCUGCAACGGCAACGUCUGGAAGACGAGCGUCGGGCCUGGACGUCAUAUUUGCAAAAUGCGUCAGAGACGGGCAAUGAUGAGUUUGACUCUCCGGAGGCCAUGGCUCGAGCCCUGGUGCAGGAGCGGCUAACGACGGCCUCGUACGUGGAGCAGCUCGGUGCGCUUCGCGCCGAGAUGGCGGCCCAGGAAAACACGACGCAAUCACUGAAGGAGGAGCGGACCCAGCUCAAGGAACAGCUCGAAGUGGCCAAGACGACGGCCAAUGCCUCGUCGACAGACAAGGCGCGUUUGCGGCUCGACCGCCAGCGUGCCCUGGCGCUUAAGGAGGUGGAAUACCUACGUGCGCAGCUCAAGGCCAUUGAUGAGGAGGAUCAUACGAUGCAGCCGGGGCAAUACGACGAGGCUCGAGUUGCGCGAGUGCAGGAGCUGGAAAAGAUCAUUGACGAUUACAAGUCCGAGGUACAGACGCUACAUGCCGAGCUAUCAUCGCAGGAGCCACAAGCGGGCACACCGCAGCCCGCAGCCGCAGUCGCCGGGACCAAACGCUCCCGGCUCGACGACGAUGAAACGCAGGAGCAGCUCGGACAGCUGACGCGCAAGAACCGCAAGCUCCAAGACGAUCUGACAUCGCUGCAAACCCGAGCCUCUCUGCUGGAGAAGGACCUUGCCGCCAGCAGGGAGCAGCUCUCGGCGGCCAAGGAGCGCGGCCAGACGCGCGUCCUGUCUCUCCGCUCAAACCCGACGUCAGAUCACGAAGCGAUCAAGCGGUCGACGCUCGAGGCGCUCCAGAACGAAAACAGAGACCUGCUCGCCAAUCUGCGGGCGCGUCACCCCGACCCGUCCGUACCUGUUAUCCCCACGUCGGUGCUCGGCGCCAUGGAGCGCGAGAUCGCGGCCGCCAAGGCGGAGACUACGUCGGCCAAGAAGUCUGCGCAGCGCCUCAAGGAGGUUUGGGGCUCCAAGUCGCACGAAUUCAAGGAGGCCAUCUUCUCCACGCUCGGCUGGACCGUCACCUUCAUCCCCAACGGCAAGAUGCGCGUCGAGAGCACCUUUUACCCCUCCCAGACAGACGAGCACGAAAACUCGAUUGUCUUUGACGGCGAGCGCGGCACCAUGAAGGUCGGCGGCGGGCCCAGGAGCGCCUUUGCGCGCCGCAUCGGAGACCAGAUUGGCUUCUGGGUCCGCGAGAAGGGCUGCAUACCCGGGUUCCUGGCGGCGCUGACGCUCGAGUUCUAUGAGGAGCACAACGCCAAGGCCGGGGACGCGUAG